AUGGAACCUGUUGUUGCACUCCUACAUGUGGUAAUAGCCAUCAUUAAUUUUUCUAAAGCUAAUGAGACUGCGUGUACCCUACAAGGAGAAACUGUAUACCCACAGCUUUGGAAGAAUGGUAACAUCAUAGUUGGAGGGAUAUUCCCCUUCCACAGCAGCUGGGAGAUCAGAGAUUUAUCAUAUGUGGCAAUGCCACCUCCACUUAAGUGCAUGAGUCUUGAUUUCAGAGCCUUCCAGUAUUCACAGUCCUUGAUCUUUGCAAUAGAGGAGAUCAACAACAGUUCCUCUUUACUGCCUGGUGUCUCAUUGGGCUAUAAGAUCUAUGACACCUGUAGUUCCAUGGCAAUGGGAGUUAAAGUUGCUAUGGCACUUAUUAAUGGAAAUGUGAACUCAGGUCUUGGUGAGCCCUGCACAAAGCCAGACCAAGUACAAGCCAUAAUAGGGGACACAGCCUCAUCCCCAUGCAUGGCCAUUGCCAAGAGUAUUGGACCUUUCAGCGUACCCAUAAUCAGUCACUUUGCCACCUGUGAAUGCCUCAGUGACAAAAAGAAAUAUCCUUCAUUUCUGCGCACUAUUCCCAGUGAUUAUUACCAGAGCAGAGCUCUGGCAGAAAUGGUAAGGCACUUUGACUGGACCUGGGUAGGUGCAAUAAGAUCUGAUGAUGACUAUGGCAACAGUGGUAUGGCUACUUUUACUAAAGUUGCAGAGCAGUUAGGAGUCUGCUUAGAAUAUUCCCUUCCAUUUGUUAGAACCUACUCAAAAGAAAAAACUAUGAGAAUCAUUGAGCAGAUAAAAAGCUCCACUUCUCGAGUGAUAGUGGCAUUUCUUGUUCAUUGGGACUUUGAGAUGCUGCUGCAUGCAUUUUUUGAGCACAAUAUCACUGGAUACCAGUUGGUGGGUACCGAAAGCUGGAUCUCUGAUUCAGCUGUAGCCACACUGGAUAAGAACAACAUAUUACAAGGGGCCAUAGGGCUAGCUAUCCCUAAAACAAAGGUGACAGGUCUAAAGGACUUCAUUCUAGAUAUCAAUCCACUGAAAUCUUCUGGCACUGCCAUUUUCAAUAAAUUCUGGGAAGCUCUGUUUAAAUGUAAAUACAUUACCCAGAAUGACUCAGGGGAUACAAGAAUGUGCACAGGUAAAGAGAAACUGUCUGAUGUGGAAAACACAUUCACAGACAUGUCACUCCUGCCAAUUUUCAGUAACGUGUAUAAAGGGGUAUAUGCUGUUGCCCAUACACUGCAUGACCUUCUUGGUUGCCAAAACAAUUUAUGUCCUACAAAGAAGCAGCCUGAUCCUCUCACAUUUCUAGAACACCUUAAAAGGGUACGUUUUAAAACUAAAGAUGGUGAAGAAGUUUAUUUUGAUAAAAAUGGUGACCCAGCUGCAAGAUAUGAGAUAAUAAACUGGCAAAGAAGUAAAGAACAUCAACAUGAAUUUGUCACUGUUGGAUUUUAUGACUCCUCUUUUCCUGCUCACAAUCGAUUAGCAGUAAACAUGACCACAAUUAUGUGGGCACAAAGUAGCAAUCAUGUGCCAACAUCUGUGUGCAGUGAGAGCUGCCCUCCAGGCACCAGGAAGGCUGUGCAGAAAGGAAAGCCUGUCUGCUGCUUUGAUUGUAUACCAUGUGCUGAAGGAGAGAUCAGUAAUAUAACAGACUCCGUUACAUGUGAACAAUGCCAUAAAGAAUAUUGGUCAAAUCCACACAGAGAUAAAUGUGUAAAGAAGGAAAUUGAGUAUUUGUCUUAUGAAGAAAUUAUGGGAAUUUCACUAACAACCAUUUCAAUUGUUGGUGCAUUUAUGACAAUAAUAAUAGCAAUCAUUUUCUAUAGAUAUAAAAAUACCCCAAUAGUCAAAGCCAACAACUCAGAGCUGAGCUUCCUGCUGCUCUUCUCUCUGACUCUGUGUUUCCUCUGUUCACUUACUUUCAUUGGUCAACCCUCCGAGUGGUCCUGUAUGCUGCGUCACACAGCGUUUGGUAUCACCUUUGUCCUCUGCAUCUCCUGUGUUCUGGGGAAAACAAUAGUGGUGUUAAUGGCCUUCAGGGCUACACUUCCAGGCAGUAAUGUCAUGAAAUGGUUUGGGCCUCCACAGCAGAGACUCAGUGUUCUUGCUUUCACUCUCAUACAGGUCCUUAUUUGUCUGCUUUGGUUAACAAUUUCCCCUCCUUUUCCCUUCAAAAAUCUAAAGCACAACAAGGAAAAGAUCAUCUUGGAAUGUGGUUUAGGUUCACCUAUAGGCUUCUGGGCUGUGCUAGGUUAUAUUGGGCUCUUGGCCAUUUUGUGUUUUGUUUUGGCUUUUCUGACUCGGAAGUUACCUGAUAACUUUAAUGAAGCCAAAUUCAUCACCUUCAGCAUGCUCAUAUUCUGUGCAGUUUGGAUCACCUUUAUUCCAGCUUACGUCAGCUCCCCUGGAAAAUUCACUGUAGCUGUGGAGAUAUUUGCUAUAUUGGCCUCCAGCUUUGCUUUCCUGUUCUGCAUCUUUCUCCCAAAAUGUUAUAUAAUUUUAUUAAAACCAGAGAAGAAUUCUAAACGACAUAUGAUGGGCAAGAUUCCUUUAAAACCAUAG